UCUCUCUGUUGCUCUCUGUCUCUCUCUCUCUCUCUCUCUGCCUGUACUUCCAGUGCUGGCUGGCUCUCCUGCUGGAGGUGGAGUUGGCUUUCCUGGAAUUGUCGGGCAGCUUUUCCUGUUGUGCUUGCUACCUCUUGCUCCGUCUCCUGGUUAAUGACAGCCCCACUGCAGGAUUACUGGGUUAUGGAGACUCGUGCCAUCUGGAUCCCCGUGUCCACACACCGUCGGCCCGUUUAAGGCUUUCCCCUAAAUCUACUUUCAUGAUUUGGGUCAGAAGUUCCCACUCGACCGACAUGUCUGUCCUGUGCAAUCCGGGGCGAGAUCCAUCGAUAGCUGAUCAGCUUCCCUGGAUUUCGCUGACCGCACCGCUUUGUUUUGCGUGAAAAUGGAAACAUUGGAGUCUGAGUUGACCUGCCCAAUCUGUCUGGAGCUCUUUGAGGACCCGCUGCUCUUGCCCUGCGCACACAGCCUGUGUUUUAACUGCGCUCAUCGCAUCCUAGUCUCCCACUGCACACCCAACGAGCCUGUUCAGUCCAUCCACGCCUUCCAGUGUCCGACCUGUCGCUAUGUCAUCACCCUCAACCAGAGGGGCCUAGAGGGACUGAAGCGCAACGUCACAUUGCAGAACAUCAUCGACCGUUACCACAAGGCCUCGCUCAGCGGACCCAACUCCCCCAGCGAGACGAGGCGCCAGCGAGUCGCCCCGGACCACGGCCCAGCCAUGACCUCGCCCGGCGACCGGGUCCAGUGCCAGUUCUGCGAGCAGGACCCUCCCCAGGACGCCGUGAAGACGUGCGUCACCUGCGAGGUGUCUUACUGUGAAGAGUGCCUGAAGGCCACCCACCCAAACAAGAAGCCCUUCACGGGCCACCGUCUGAUCGAGCCCCUGCCAGACUCUCACGUCAGGGGACUCAUGUGUCUGGAGCACCAAGACGAGAAGGUCAACAUGUACUGUGUGACAGACGAACAGUUGAUCUGUGCCUUGUGCAAGCUGGUGGGACGCCACCGGGACCACCAAGUAGCAGCCCUCAGUGACCGCUACGAAAAGCUGAAGCAAGCACUGGAUACUAACCUCAGCAAUCUGAUCAAGAGGAACAAUGAGCUGGAAACCCUGAUGGGCAAGCUGAUCCAGACCUGCCAGCAUGUGGAGGUUAAUGCCUCGCGGCAGGAGAACAAGCUACUGGAGGAGUGUGACCAGCUGAUUGACAUCAUACAGCAGAGGAGACAGAUCAUAGGCACCAAGAUCAAGGAGGGAAAGGCUGUGCGGGUGCGUAAACUAGCCCAGCAGAUAGCCAGCUGUAAGCAGUGCAUCGAGAGGUCCUCCACCCUCAUCCUGCAGGCUGACCACACCCUCAAGGAGACAGACCACACCCACUUCCUCCAGACCGCCAAGAGCAUCUGUGAGAGAGUGUCCAUGGCAACAGCUUCGUCUCAGAUCCUGAUCCCAGAGAUCAACCUGAAUGACACGUUUGAUACGUUUGCUCUGGACUUCACCAGGGAGAAGAAAAUGCUGGAGAGCUUGGAUUACCUCACAGCUCCUAAUCCACCCAUAAUCCGAGAGGAGUUAUGCACAGCAUCCUAUGACACCAUAACAGUUCACUGGACGUCAGAUGACGAGUUCUGUGUUGUCUCCUAUGAACUGCAAUAUGCCAUCUUCACCGGGCAAGCCAAUGUUGUCAGUUUGUGUAACUCGGCCGAUAGUUGGAUGAUAGUUCCCAACAUCAAACAAAACCACUACACUGUGCAUGGGCUCCAGUGUGGCACCAAGUACAUCUUCAUCGUCAAGGCCAUCAAUCAAGCAGGAAGCCGCAGCAGUGAUCCUGGGAAGCUCAAGACCAACAGCCAGCCCUUCAAGCUGGACCCCAAAUCUGCUCACAGGAAGCUGAAGGUAUCCCAUGACAACCUGACCGUGGAAAGAGAUGAGACUUCAUCCAAGAAGAGCCACACCCAAGACCGCUUCACUAGCCAGGGCAGCUACGGUGUCACAGCCAACGUGUUCAUCGACAGCGGCCGCCACUACUGGGAGGCCCUGAUAGGAGGCAGCACAUGGUUUGCUGUGGGCAUCGCUUACAAGUCGGCACCUAAACACGAGUGGGUGGGUAAGAACUCAGCCACCUGGGUACUGUCUCGCUGUAACAACUCCUGGGUGGUUCGCCACAACAGCAAGGAGAUGCCCAUCGAGCCCUCCCCUCACUUGCGGCGUGUGGGGGUGUUACUGGACUACGACGCCGGCUUGCUGUCCUUCUAUGACGCCGUGGGGUCACAGCACCUAUACACUUUCGACAUUGCCUUUGCCCAGCCCGUCUGCCCGGUGUUUAAUGUCUGGAACAAGUGUUUAACGGUCCUAACUGGACUGCCUAUCCCAGACCACCUGGAGGGGACAGACUGUCAAGACUAAUAAGACACACCAAUGCAAAAGGGACAGACAAGACACUUCCACAGCUGGCUGACUGUGUUUCACUCAUGCUGUACUGGUCAAGCCAGAUUAAAGUCAUGGAUUUAGAUGAUCUAUAAUCAAGCUCUUAGAGGGGUAAAUUAAUUUCAGCAAAUUAUUUAUGGGAAUGAUUUAUUGAAUUUCCUCAUGCUGCAUAGAUGUAUGGUUUGAUUUUGCACAUUCAUGUACACAACUGCAGUACAUGUUUGCUUGGUGUUUUUUUGUGGGUCAGAUUACUGGGAGAAUGUGGAUAAUAUCGAGUGAGACUUGUCUUUGUUCAACCCUAAGAAAAUUGAUUUUCACACUCUAAAUACUCUUAUGAACCCUUUCCCAUGUGUCAGUUCUUAGCAGCAUGCUGAUAAACCUUGUGUAAGUGUAAUCUGUUGAUUUUGACAUGUUAAGAACUCAAUUUUUGUAGAGCAGUAAUAACACUCAUCUACCCUCUUUUGUUCUUCGCAGUUGUAUCAAUAGCUACCCUGUUUUAUGUUUAAAGAUUAUUUUUGGACAUGUACAAUGUAACAUUUAUAUUCAAAUAAUAAAAUGUCUUGUAAAUGUAUACAUUUAAAUUUUCUGCACUUUCAAACCCUAAGAACCUAAGGCACAGACACACCGUGGCCAAUGUAAAAGUUUAUCGAGUUUGUCACCAGCUCUUUAUUAAAAAACACUAUAAUGUGAAAGAAUAUUAUCUUUGAUUAUUUGACAAAUGCAAAGGUCACAUACAAUUGCACUGGAGAAUUAUUUAUUAUUUGUAAUUAAAUACACUGUGCAAUUUCAAUACAAAUGUGAUGCAAAAUAAAACUUUCAUUUGUUUCCAUUCGACACUUACUACAAUUUGAAUUAUCCAUUUGUUUAUUUGUCUUUGUCCUUAUAAACUGGAUGCCAUAAAUGUAGUUGAGAUUAAACUUUUUUUCCGAAUUUAUGUUUUCAUUUGCCAAAAUGUAAUAAAAACGCAUCAUCCAAUCAUCUGUAUCCCAGA